CGCGCUUCUAUAACAGAGUUUCGCCAUUUUGAAUAGAAACAUAUCAACGGUUUUUAUUUUCCUCUCCCCCACGUCUCUCGCCGUGCACGAGAGCGCCCGUGACAACUCUGCGUAGUGAUUUACAUCAGAAUAUUGCUUAAUUAUUAAUCCUUUAAUAAAAUAAAGGGUAAACCCAACAACUUUGAUGGGCACGAUGGCUCGCGCAUUGGCCAGAUAGUUAAGAGGAAAACGGUCUCGUGGCAGCUGCGGGGUUUCACACAGCGCGCGCGGGGCAGCAGCAGCGCCACCGCUGCACGAGCCUGACCAACACUAACCGAUAACCAGUCUAGCAGCCUGAAGACACUUACAGUGGGGUGUCGGUUCUUCUGAGGAGUGUAUUCGAGGAGUGCCUGGUGGGAAGUGGACCUCAUGCAGAUUAAUGCUAGGUCAUUCUGUGCUGUUUGCAUCUUGCCACUCAAAUGCCUGUCUGCCUGUGGAGGAGGUGUAACUAAGGAUUCACGAGUUUCAUCAGCUGGUCUGUGCUUCCUGCCAUCAUGUUCUGGAAGUUUGACCUGAACAACACCUCCCAUAUCGACCAGCUGCUGGAUCAAGAGGAUGUGACUCUGAGAGAGUUGAUGGAAGAGGAGGAUGUUCUGCAGGAGUGCAAAGCACAGAACCGCAAGCUCCUGCUCUUCCUCUCCAAGGAAGAGUGUAUGCAGGAGCUGGUCACUCUCAUCACCGAGGAGCCACCUGCUGAUCUGGAGGAGAAAACACGCUUCAAGUUUCCAAAUAUUGCCUGUGAGCUUCUGACCUCAGAUGUGGCUCUUAUCAAUGAUAAGCUGGGUGGAGAUGAAUCCCUUUUGGAGAAGCUCUACCACUUUCUGGAGCAGGAGCCACCCCUUAAUCCCCUGCUGGCCUCCUUCUUCAGCAAGACCAUCGGCAACCUGAUUGCACGGAAAACAGACCAGGUAAUCUCUUUCCUAAGGAAAAAACACAACUUUAUCAGUCUGGUGCUGAAUCACAUUGAUGCCUCGGCCAUGAUGGACCUAUUGCUGCGUCUCAUCAGCUGUGUAGAGCCUGCCCCCUUGAGGAUGGAGGUCCUCAAUUGGCUGAAUGAGGAGAGGCUCAUUCAGAGACUUACAGAGCUAAUGCAUACAGGGAGAGAUGAAGAGAGACAAUCUAAUGCAUCCCAGACUCUUUGUGACAUCAUCCGACUCAGUCGAGACCAGGCCAAUCAGCUGUCGGAGGUCACUGAAGCAGACCCCUUACUCGCUGUCCUGGAGUCACAAGACAAUGUGGAAGAGCUUUUGAAGAACAUGUUUGAAGGCGAGAGGACUGAAGCGUCCAUCGUCAAUGGAACGCAAGUGCUUCUUACGUUACUGGAGUCACGGAGGUCAGGGCUGGAGGGUCUGAUGGACCUGUAUUCUCAGGGAUGUGAAAGGUCUUACACUGUCAACAGCAGUAUUUUCCGUGCUAUUGAGCCUCAUCUAAAGGACUUCCAGCAACUCCUACUGAACCCUCCAACGAGAAGUGCAAUACUCACUACGGUGGGCGUUCUGGAGCAGCCCCUGGGGAGCGCCCGCCUACAUGUGGCCAGACUGGUGGCUUCUCUGCUGCAGACUUGCGACCUCAGCAUCUGCCAGGAGAUCUGCAGACUCAACAUCAUGGACCUGCUGUUGGAUUUAUUCUUUAAAUACACCUGGAAUAAUUUCUUGCACUUGCAAGUGGAGCUGUGUGUGGCAUCCAUCAUGAACCACUUUGCCCACACGGACCUCCAAAGCCCAGGCCUGCAGAACCACGAGGAGAGGCCAGCCGCAGGUGCAGGCAGCCCUGUGGAGGAGGAAACACCUGGCCAGAACAACGCCUCAGACCCAGCAACUAUACCCGAUCAGGAUGCUCUUGUUAGCAAUCUCUUUCAGCAUUGUCGGCUGGUGCAGAGAAUUCUGGAUGCCUGGGAGGAAAAUGACAAAAUCCAGUCUGAAGGGGGCAGACGAAGGGGAAAUAUGGGUCACCUGACGAGAAUCGCUAACACUGUGGUUCAGAACCUGGAGAAAGGGCUGGCUCACUCACAGAUUAACGGGUUGAUUAAAGAGCUGCCAGAGGACUGCAGAGGUCGCUGGGAGAGUUUUGUGGGGGAGACUUUGAGAGAAACCAAUAGGAGAAACACAGUGGACUUGGUGAGCACUCAUAACUUGCACUCAUCUAGUGAAGAUGACGAUAUGGAAAGCCCCUUCCCCAACGAUCUGUCCAUCCAACAGGCAUUCUCAGAUUACCAGAUUCAGCAGAUGACUGCCAAAUUUGUGGAUCAGUUUGGCUUCAACGAUGAGGAAUUCAGUGAACAUGAUGAAAACAUCAAUGCUGCAUUCGAUCGGAUUGCUGAAAUAAACUUUAACAUAGACGCAGAUGAUCAUAGUGCCAAUGCUGCAGCUUUUGAGGCGUGUUGUAAAGAGCGUAUCCAGCAGUUUGAUGACUGCGAGGAAGAAGACGACAUUUGGGACGAAAAAGAAAUUAACUAUGCAACACAAAUCAAAUCCAGAUCGAGGUUUGGGGUGUCUCUUUCUUCAGACAGCUCACCCAAAAGUGCCGUAAGGAACGGAGGUGGAGGCCGCGGGUCGGCCUCUGAGGAUGAGGAUGUUGAGGAAGAGGCCAGUCCUCCCUCUGCGCACACAUCUGCCGGCAGGGCAGCAGAGUCUCAGUCGGCUCAAAACUCGGGCUGGACGGCAAGUUUUGGCGAAACGGAGGCGAGCUCAUCCAGUGCCUGGGGUGGGUCACCUCAGCAGAGCGGUGAGGGCCCACAGGGCACAGGUUGGGCCUCCUUCACAGAGUUCCAACCAUUCAGCAGCACAGAGUCCAGCCUGAAAGAGGGACAGUCUCAACAAGGCCAAGAGAAAAACUCGGCCGGCAGCGGUUCGGCUACGGGAGAGUGGGAAGCAAGUCCCGGACAGAAAGCCCCUCUCGUGGCCUCGGACAGCAGCUCAUCGGGAGGCUCAGACAGUGAAGAGGACCCUGGAGAAAAUAAGAGCGAGGGCUCUCCUAAAACACCUGCCAACCAGACAACAGCACCCACGAGUGAGGUGUCCACUGAAGCUCUGGAGAAGCUCAGCAUCACAGAUACGGCUGAACACAACAGCGAGUCUUCCGUACCUACAGAAGACUCUAACACCACUGUGACGGAGACGAGAGUCAAGUCAUGUUCAGCUGAGAUCACACCUAACGGACCCGUCUGAAGGUUCCGGAUUAGAGUCCGACAGAGACCCGGCCCACUCUCCACCUCUUCCAUUCUGAACCCCCAAACCUCAAUACCACUUUUGGUGUUUAAAUAAAGAAUGCUGCCAUGUUAUUGGUCCUGGAUACUGCCAAUCAGCCCAUCAUUGGAGGAAGGAGCCAGGGGCAUGUAACACAAACCAGUAACCAGUACAGUUCUCAGAGGUGUUAGUCUGUUAAUCCUUUCAACUUUGUAUGAGAUAUGCACAGUUUUAAAUGUAGCAGUGAACCGUGUGAUUACAGGAUCUGUCAGGACUUUAUUUUUCUGGGUUUGUCUCCCUGCUAUCAUUUUUCUGGAUUAUUUUUCGCUCGCAGUUUGGGACGGUAAAAAACGGGGAUGAAAUUGGAAAGCACAGGCUCAUCCUUCGCCGCACCACAUGUAGACACGACGUCACGCAAAAUCAGAUGUCGCCUCUGCAACGAUUUACUGUAUGUUGAAGCACAACUGAAGUUGUCUGUAAUGCUUGACACUUUUCUGCACAGGUCACCGCCCCUGCCAAGAUUUUUAAAUCCUUUUUAUUAUUAUUGCGGCCUGAUCUCAUUAAAUCAUAUAUUUGAAUGUUCGGAAGUGCUUUGGGGGAGGUAAUAUAUGAAUAUUUUAGCUCUGAAAUGGUGCCAACGGCGGCACUUGUGCAAUAACAUUUAGGAAUUUCAUUUCAUUUGAAUCAUUCGGAAAAUGUACACUUAAUGGUGGGACUGUGCCUGUUUGAAUUAUUUUGGGUUCAUUUUUUUCAUUGCAUGCAAAGCGUUCUUUAUCAAGCAUAUACGAGCAACCAUUAUUCUGGCGACGUUCUGGUUGGUUAGUCAAGACCUUCUGAUUGUAUUGAAUUACAUUCAUCAUUAUACGUUAUCCCCCUCAGAUCAACCAAACAGUAUCUACCUAAUUUCUACUCAAUGUUAAGCUUUCUAAAAUGGGAAUCAAGGGUUUAAAGCAAAAAUCUAAAAGUAUUCAUAGUAACCUUUGCCUUAAGUUACAAAUCCUUUGAAAUCCCUGUAACAGGAUAGAAGGGUUUGCUUCAAAAAAAUGCAAACAGACAUCUUUCGUCUGUUUUUAAAUGACAGCGGGUCAUGAAAUAACUCCCCCCACAAUUUUACCUGAAUCUCUAUCUAACGUGAACAUGUUCCAGAGGCCAAGCUUUUUCAUUCUAAUCCCUAGCACACUAUAUCCUAUAAAUUAUUCCAUGGGACAGUGUUAUGCACCAUUUUUAAAAAUAUGAAAUCUUACUAUAUGCUGUCAGAUGUUGUCUCCGAAUCUUCCGGUAGCUCUUGUAUUACUUCAUACUGAAUAUCAUGUCAUUAUUUUCCUACAGGAUUUUAUCACGUAUCAUUUCUCUGCAAGCUUACGAUGGUACCAAAUCUGUUGGAUUACAGGAUUGGGAUAUUGCAUUAUUUAUUUUGCACUUAUUGAGGUGUUGGUGCGGAGACCUGGUCUCCCAUCAUGCAUUGGAACACCCUGAUUUUUUUUUGUCUCUCCCGCUGGAGUGUAAAUCCUCCAUUGACUCUGCUUCUUAUAUCUAUGACAUGUUCAAAGGUUUGUUUCCAAAGCCAAAAGUAUGUAUUUGCCUUUUCUUUAACUGUUUAAAAAAAUCUUAUUUUUAACUUUAACCAAUAUUAUUUUACAUAUUGUAGAGAUUCUAAUUUAUGUGAUCUUCAGCAACCAAAAUAUUGCUCUGUUCAAUUCUG